CGUAUCCAUGGCUUCCUCAAUGCUGUCUCUCGGUUCUACUUCUCUGUUACCGCGCGAGAUUAACAAGGAUAAGCUAAAGCUUGGAAAUUCUGGAUCGAACCCGUUCCUGAAAGCAAAGUCCAUUAGCCGGGUGACUAUGACGGUUGCGGUCCAGCCUUCUCGUUUUGAGGGUAUAACUAUGGCUCCACCAGACCCUAUUCUUGGAGUCAGCGAAGCAUUCAAAGCAGACACCAACGAGCUGAAACUCAAUCUUGGUGUCGGUGCGUAUCGAACUGAGGAACUCCAGCCUUAUGUGCUCAACGUUGUUAAAAAGGCCGAGAAUUUGAUGUUGGAGAGAGGAGAUAACAAAGAGUAUCUCCCAAUCGAGGGAUUGGCGGCAUUUAACAAAGCCACUGCUGAGUUGCUGUUUGGAGCUGGUCACCCUGUUAUUAAGGAACAAAAGAACAUCUUCAACGAUGCCAAAGUUCCGUGGUCUGAGUACCGUUACUAUGAUCCCAAAACCAUUGGUUUGGAUUUUGAGGGGAUGAUUGCAGAUAUAAAGGAAGCACCAGAAGGAUCUUUCAUUUUGCUUCACGGAUGUGCUCACAACCCAACUGGAAUUGACCCAACCCCAGAGCAGUGGGUGAAAAUUGCUGAUGUCAUUCAGGAAAAGAACCAUAUCCCAUUUUUCGAUGUUGCAUACCAGGGAUUUGCUAGUGGAAGCCUUGAUGAAGAUGCAGCAUCUGUGAGAUUAUUUGCUGAGCGCGGAAUGGAGUUUUUCGUUGCUCAGUCGUAUAGUAAAAACUUAGGUCUUUACGCAGAGAGGAUUGGGGCAAUCAAUGUCGUCUGCUCAUCAGCCGAUGCUGCUACUAGGGUAAAGAGUCAAUUGAAAAGGAUUGCUCGUCCUAUGUACUCGAACCCUCCAGUUCAUGGAGCGAGGAUCGUGGCCAAUGUCGUGGGGGAUGCAACUAUGUUUGGUGAAUGGAAAGCAGAGAUGGAAAUGAUGGCGGGAAGAAUAAAGACGGUGAGACAGAAGUUGUACGAUAGCCUCGUUUCGAAAGACAAAAGCGGCAAGGACUGGUCCUUCAUUCUCAAACAGAUUGGGAUGUUCUCCUUCACCGGUCUCAACAAAGCGCAGAGUGAUAAUAUGACGAACAAGUGGCAUGUGUACAUGACUAAAGACGGGAGGAUAUCGUUGGCCGGGUUGUCUCUUGCGAAAUGCGAGUACCUUGCUGAUGCCAUCAUCGACUCAUACCACAACGCCUUGUUGUAUUGGGAGACCCCCAUCGAGUUA